AUGCCGUCUCCAGAAGACCAAAAAUUCCUCGACGAGCUAACGGGCCUCGACAACUCCCACAACCUAAGGAGAUUUGCACUCUACCGCCUCGCCGACACAAAAAGCGAUCCAAUAGACUGCGCCAUCCUCCAAGAAGAUGCCGCCACCGCUCAUCAGCAGGUCUCGGACACGGCAUUGCUGAAAACGCAUUACGAAGACCUUAUCAUGGUGGAGGAGGCGCAUUGGAAACAUUGGCAAAUGUACAGUCAGCGCAUAACUGAGAAGGCGGACGAGAUACUGCGGUUGCAGAAGAUGGUUGUAGAGCUUAAACCGAAGAACCUCUUAGAUGGGGCUGGGUUUAUGGGGAGGGAUAGAAGGAGACUGGCCGAGAUUCAGAGGGAAAAGGAGAGGCUGCGUGAAGAGCAUAAAGCUUUGAGAGAUGCUAAAGAAAGGAUGGAGACUGAGUUCAUGAAGGUGAGGAGGGUUGGGACGGCUCAGAGGGGGGUCAUGGCGACGGCUCAGAGGGAGAUGGAUGCGCUGGCUGAGAGGGAGGAGAAGUUCUGGAGUUUCGCGUGGGUCGCUGAGGAGAGGGGAGGGGAGGGCGACUACAGAGAGUUGAAGAAGGUCGAGGAGUAGGGAUGAGUGGACUGGAUGUCUGUGAUGCGGAGGUGCCAUGGCGCUGGUUAGAGUCAGGUUUGCGGACCAGCCAUUGUAAGCCGGGGGGAUGUGGUUUAUGACUAGGUAGUGCAUGAAUUCCCGUCCUUCUAUUAUGUAGUUCUUCCUCUCUCUUCCAACUACUUUCCUAAUAUCUUCCCC